AUGAUGAUGCGAGCUGCAGCCCAGCUCCCGGCCAAUUCAGUGGGCUGCAUGGCAACUGAUUGGGCGCUGCCAGUAGGCAUCCUGGAUGAUGCUUCCUGCAUCAGUUGCACAGCCCCCACAUUCCACCCUUUUCAAACCGUCAACUUCCACAUCCCAGCUGCAUCCCAAUCAGAAGCACCCAAGCAAAUGGUGCCUCGGCCGUUUGCUCGCUUGGCUGCCACAUCUUCACUCAGUACCCGUGUCGCAUCUUUGCACCGAAUCCGGCAAAGUCGGCAUACCCAAAGGGAUUUGUUGCCGUGCUGCAGUAGAACAGCCGUGGCCAGCAGGUGCAGCGAGAGGUGUGGGUUUCUGUCGACUGAUCAGGCGCAACUUCGUCUGAAUAUGCAGGUGCUUGAUUGUGAAGCGAUGUUGUACUUUCAGCAUUUUAUUCAGUGGCUUUCAGCAAGGCCUGGGUGUGCAGGCUGUGCCUGCCAAGGCGUGAUGGACAUUGGUUCUUGUGCACCUGUGGUUGCAAGGCUUUCGCUGACAACACGCGGCAGAGCAUGUGCAACAGACGUCCGCCAGCAAAUCAAUCGCAGAUCGCAGAUCCAUCAUGACACGGUUGCUGCAAGGCUUUCGCCGACAACUCGUGGCAGAGCAUGUGCAACAGACAGAGGUCUGCCAGCAAUGAAACGCAGAUCGCAGAUCCAUGACACGGUUAGCGCACAGAUUUGUAUCAUGUGCUAUGACAGCUUCGGAAGCCAGCCAGUCAGCGGAAACGGUCUUUGCUGCCAGCAGUUGAAAGCGCUGGGCAGGCCUGCCACGUCUGCUCGUGAUUUGCUAGUUGUGCUAGCUUUAGGGGAGGUGCUUGGCACACAAACAUGUUGCCUGCGAUCGCAACCCGCGAGACUUGUGCUUGUGGGGAGCUGUAGGGCUUGGAGAGCGGGCCGUUGCUUCGCGGGACAGGUGGUUGUGGCGACAUUCUCUCCUGCACACGCUGUCAGCUUGGCUCCGCCAACUGAACGAGCCCCGCUAGCCACACCAGCCAUGCUGCUAACAAGCCCUGCCCUCUCAAGGCCAUUCCAGAGCCCAGACGAUGCCAUGAGGCCGUUUCCGAGAUCAGGCGCAGUCCCGAAUCCAGCCAAUUGGAUUUCGGUUCUUCUCUUCUUGUUCCGUGUGGCAAGCUGA